AUGGCAGAUUUGCCCGCGCAACGCGUGACGGCUUCAAAACCGUUCACACAUAGCGGCGUAGAUUAUGCCGGACCCAUACUCUUGAAGGAGGGCAAGAGACGUAAUGCCAAAUUACACAAGGCGUAUAUGUCGGUGUUCGUUUGUUUCUCGACCAGGGCCGUACAUCUCGAAAUUGUAACCAAUUUAACAUCGGAAGCGUUCCUUGGUUCCUUUAAACGUUUUAUAUCACGUAGAGGCAAGCCGGCAUGUGUAUAUUCAGAUAACGGCACUACGUUUGUCGGCGCGCGCAAACAAAUAAAGGAGCUGUAUGACUUGAUCAACGAUGACGACACGCAGUUUGCGAUACGGCGUUUUAUGCGAGAUAAUGAAAUCAAUUGGCAUUUCAUACCGCCCCACGCUCCACAUGUCGGGGGCCUGUGGGAGGCGGCCGUGAAGUCGGCGAAAUUUCAUAUUAACCGAAUAGUAGGUAACGCGAAUCUCACAUAUGAAGAGAUGCAAACCGUGUUAUGCAAGAUAGCAGCGGUUUUAAAUUCGCGACCGUUGACCCCGUUAAGCGAGGAUCCAAACGAUCUGCAUUGUAUUACGCCGGGACAUUUCUUGGUUGGUGCAGCGCUAAACAGUUUCCCAGUUGCAGAUUUUACGAAGGAGAAUCCGGGCCGACUACUGCGAUGGCAACGCGUAGAACAGCUUCGGCAACAUUUUUGGAAGCGUUGGAGCGCCGAAUAUUUACAUACUUUAAUCGAGCGACAAAAAUGGAGGACUAGCAGGGGCCAGCAAUUGAAAAUCGGUCAGCUCGCCAUGGUGCAGCAACCAGGCUUGGGGCCGCUGCAGUGGUUAAUAGGCAGGGUGCAACAACUUCAUCCGGGCCCUGACGGUAUUGCAAGGACGGCCACAUUAAGGACCGCGAAGGGUCAAUUAACAAGGCCACUAACGAAGCUAGCUAUCCUUCCGAUAGACGAGGCACCUGCCGAUUAA